GCCAUAAGCUGGUGUGAAAACAUGGACUGUAAUGACCUGCUGAAGAAAACCUCUGUGUCCUUGGUAAUUUUGUUGCUGCAUAGCUAUUACUGAAGCAAUUCAACAAUGGUUUUUACUUCUUAAGCUGAGAGCAAUAAUCUCUUCUGCUUCUCUGACUCCUAACAAAAAUGUCCUGUUUUAAUGCAACGCAACAUCUGAAGACAGAAAUGUACUCUUUCAGCAACACCACGCAAGGUGAAUUUAUGAAGACAUUCCAGUACCUGUUGCACAUCCCUACUUUCACCCUGGGACUGAUCAUCAAUUCAGUGGCACUCUGGAUACUCUGCUUCAGGUUGAAGAAUUGGACUGAGAAUGUGAUCUACAUGACAAACCUGAUAUUUUCUGAUAUCCUGUUGCUUUUCUCUCUGCCUUUCAAAAUGCACGCCUACCAGACGGGAGAGCACUGGAGUCUCGGUUCAGUCUUCUGUCAGUUUGUGGAGUCCCUGUACUUUGUCAACACCUACGGGACCAUCCUGUUAAUCAUGCUGAUAUCUCUGGAUCGUUACAUUGCUAUCAAGCACCCCUUUCUGGCCAGAACCCUCAGAUCUCCAAAGAAAGCAACAAUUGCCUGCACUGUUCUGUGGCUCUGUGUCUGGUCUGCAAGUAUUCCAAAUUACUUGCAAGAAGAAAAUGAUGAACACUGCUUUAAAGAUUUUGCUAAGUUUUGGUGCCCUGGCAGAAUUCCUCUGAGCAUGAUCACAGUGUUUUUAGUUGCUGCAUCUGUUGUGAUUUUCUGCAGUGCUCAAAUUAUAAGAACACUGCAAAGAGUAGAUGAAGAGAGGGAUGACGUUGACACCAAGAUAUCAAGGAAAAUAAUCUCUUCCAAUCUGGUCACCUUCCUUCUCUGCUUUACUCCGUAUCACCUAGCCCUUUUCCUGUACUUUUUGGUAAGAAAUUCUUACAUAGCAGAACAUUAUCUGAUAUCCCUGAGGGUGUUACUCCAGAUCUGUCAGUGCUUUGCCACAACAAACUGUUGUCUGGAUGCAAUGUAUUACCAUUUGAUCAUUAAGAAGUUCUGGAAAUCAGAAAAUGAACAGCUAAAAAGAAAUGUUUUGCUGUCAAUUGUGGUUAGCUUUAAGAAUUCAAUUUGUCUUUAACUCAGUUAUUUAAAAACUUGU